CACGUGGACAACUUCCCGUCUCAGUCCAAAUAGUCCCAGCGCGUGUCAUGGCAGAGAAACUGGAUCUUAUCUCUAAGUGCGUUAGAACUUUCCAGGAUUUCCCUACAAAAGGGAUUCUAUUCUAUGAUAUAUGUCCGAUUUUGAAAGAUCCGAAGGCACUGGCUGCAGUGACAGAUCUGUUUGAGGAGCAUGUGAGGCACACGUACCCUCAGGUGGAUCUUAUAGUCGGACUUGACGCUCGAGGAUUUCUAUUUGGGCCGCUUUUGGCUCAGAGAUUAGGUGUAGGAUUUGUUCCAAUCAGAAAAAAAGGAAAGCUUCCUGGCCUAACAUCAUCAGUAGCUUAUGGUCUUGAGUAUGGAAAGGCUGAGGCAGAGAUGCAGGAAGAUGCUGUUUCUGCGGGACAGAAGGUCCUGAUCAUUGAUGAUUUACUGGCUACUGGAGGAACCCUGCAUGCAGCAUGUGAGCUGAUCAAACAUCAGAAGGCAGAGUUGCUGGGCUGUUUGGUGGUGAUUGAACUGAAGUUUCUCAAUGGAUCAGAAAAGCUGCAAUCAACCCCUGUGUUCUCACUAAUACAGUAUUGACAGUACUACUGCUUGCAUGACGUAGUCUGUUUUAUCUUGGCUGUCUGAGAAGAAUUACAUAAUAUUUACAUUAUGGUUUAUAGUUCAGGAAUAUUAAGAAAUUCCAAUUUUUAUAGUACUGCUUAACCCUUUGAGGGUUUGAUGGUUUUAAUUCCAUUAUGAGAAAUGACAAACUCAAAAAAAAAAAAAAAAAAAAAAAAAAAAAACAGGCUGAAAUCACAUACAGCGUAGGUGCAAUCAGUAUUCAGCUGCUAAAUAAUCCCCUACGUUUCAUAUAUUGUGAAAGUAAUCUCACCAUACCACAUUGUCAUUACUGUGAUCUUCAGUAAUCCUCUCAUUUGAAGUUCACUGGACAUUGCUUCUAGAUACUUUUCAGUUAACUGUUUUAUGAAUACAUGGACAUGUCACUUUCCACAUACUGUUUUUCUGUUGUCAUACACAAGUAGAAGUAUGUGACUGCAGAUGCAGUUACAAAGGUUGUAUACAGACUUAUAUAGCUUGUGUACAGACUCUUGAGCUUCCAGUUUGUGAAUAUGAAACACUGUUGCUUGCAUGAACUUGUUUAUUGUAAAUGAAAUAUGCACAUUGGUAACAAAGUUACCAAAGAUGCCAACUUAAGUAGAUCUAACUUUUUACAUGUCUACAGUUAUGAACAGUUAUUGUCAAGAUGCAAAAGCACAAAAUUCACAGUCUCAUACAACGGAAACAGCAGAUAAAAACGUAGUGACCGCCAAACUCUAAGUAGUCUUGUAAAAUACGAAACUGACUGAACAUACAUUAAAAAGUCACUGUGUCAUCUAAGAGUUAAAAUCCAGGCAUAAUCCAUAAUAAAAUAUUGCACAUGGUAUUUUCUCAA